UGAUUGUUAAAUGCAUUAUCCUAACAGACUCUGUCAAUAUUUGAGCCAAGAAUCUAUUGUUCAUUAUAAAGCUGGUGAUUGUUUAAUAUUUCAGCACCGUGUGUCAACUUGGACGUGGAAGAGAACAAACAUAGAGAACACAUCAGAUGGAACAUGGGUCGUACAUAACCAUUGUCGAAUCAAUUACAACGACCUCAUGUCCAAUAAUCUUCCAUAAGUGCAGCAAUAACACGAUGAAAAACAGUAUGGCCCAGCAACGUGAUCAGAUGAUAGCUACCCCAUUGAAAAGGGCACGUGAUAGUUUACACUCUAUAUAGAAGGAGAGGAAUAUUCAUUUGUGAUUUAGAUCCCCAGUGCAUAAGAUCUCGACGUUCGACAUACCUGAGGAGGGACCAUGCAAAAGUGGAUUUAAUAGUAUAGUUGAACAUAUUGGAUAUACAGCGUAUCGCUUUACGUUUGUCGAUAAGAAAUAAGAUAAAUCGAAAUCAUUUAGUACAUAUUACGCAUGAUUAACAAAAGAUUAAGUCAAAACGUAACAAAGUUAUGCACAGCAUUACCGAUGAUGGCAUUCGAUUUGACCCACCAAAUGUUAUACAGUUGAUAGUGAUAAUGUCACUUGGAAUAGCAGUAGUUGCCUCAAACUAUAUUGUCAUAUAUGUAAUCGUCCGGACGCGGUCUUUGCGAUCCCAAUCGGGAGUUUUUAUGGCGUCGGGUGCCCUAAAUGACUCGACCAUCGGAGUAACAUGCUUGGUGGUGUUCCCUUAUUUGAUAAAGGGGCAAUUUAGUGAUGUUUUCUGUAGCAUACUUGGAUAUUUUGCUUUUAGUGCUAUCCAAACGAGGCUUGGAAUAUUGACAUUCAUGAGCGUAGACAAAUGUCUCACCAUAAAUUAUCCAUUCACGUAUCCCAUGAAGAUGUCGGUGACGCGUGUUGGUGUGCUCAUUUUAGUGAUAUUUGUGCAGGCGUAUUUAUUUUGUUUGCCCGUGUUGCUGCAUAGCCACACUUACCGGCAACAUGCGUUCGUUUGUGAAAUGAAUUGGUUAACGCCAUCGAUAUAUCCUUACGUUGCCCAAACCUAUAUCUACGUACAACUAGUAAUAAUGACGUCAUGUCACGUCAACCUUUACCUCAUAGCAAGAAAGCAGCUGAAGAAAAUGAAAGAACUUGGUCAAGGGAGCGUCAAACUCGAGAAAAAGAACGAAACCUCAAAGAAAGGAUGGGUUGGACCAAAUAUCAAAUCUCAACUCAGAGGGAUAAAAACAUUAUUCCUAUUGGUAGGGAUAUUCUACAUUUGCUGGAUAACGUACAUAGUUGCUCAAAUUAUGUAUCCUACAUUUACCAGAAAUCUCGUUCAACUUCAUGUUAUUAACUUUCUUUCUAUUUGGUUAGGGUUUUUAAAUCUAUCAUGUAAUUGUAUCCUGUAUUAUCUAACCAACAAGUCGUUCUCUUCUGGAUUCAAACGAUACGUUUUACAUAAAAAGAACACCGUUGAUACUGAAAUGUCAAUGUCUCUGACGGCAUAAGGCAAAAUCCCUGUUCAGAUCGUUUGUAAAAAGUUAUAAAGUUCCAAAAUAUUGAUUGAUUAA